AUGAAUUUCACAAUGAUUCACAUGAUUCAUCUUCAUUCCUGGUGUUUUUCAAUUCCAACAUUCUUGUUCAAUAUAGCUUUGAUAAUUGCGUUGCGUCGGGAAUCAGCUAACCGUAAUCAAUAUGGCGGCGUGAGUUUUUGUGGUUUCAAUUUUUGUUCGAAAAAUUACAGAAUUUUCAGUUCAACAAACUAUUUUCGAUUAAUUGCUAUGUUGAUGUUUUUAAUUAUGCAUUAUUCAUAUUUCUCCAGCCGGUAUGAGUAAAAAACAAUUUUUUAGAUAACCGGGUAAAAAUUCUAGGUUGUUUUGAUAUUCCGUGGUCAAUUAUUCAUCUCGUUUUUUGGACCUGCCCAAUUCUUGUCAAAAACUCCGCUCAUUUUCUUGUUUUCUACAUUUUUAUCGCUAUAUUUUUUCAAAAUUCAUAACAAUUCAAUGAUGUUAUUGUUGCAAUCGCUAAUUUCAUUCAAGUGAGGUUUACUUUCUUCCUAAUUUGAAAAUGUGUUUUUCUUAGAUAUGUGGUAUCAAAACAUCCUAUGAGUUUAUUUUUCCUUAUUUCUUUAUUGAUCUUUUUGAUGCAAAUGAUAAUUUUGAACACAUUUUUUCUAUACAACGAUUUGAAAGAUGAACAAUUGGAAGAUUUAGCUUUUAUGAUUGGUGAUUAUUUUCCAUAUUUUUCUGUUAAAACAGUAAGUUUUCUAGAAAAAAAGAAAAGUUCACAUGUUUUUCACAAGAAUUAUUAUUACUAAUUGUCAUGUUGUGAUUAAUUUUUUUUUAAUUCUCAUAAUUUAAUUUAAUCAUCCUGAUUCAGGCAGCAAUACCAAACUUGAUAUAUUUUAUCUCGUCAUUCUACGUGACUAUAAUAAUUGUUUGGCUUGUUAAAAAAUUGGUUAUGCAUAAAUUCAAAGAUGUUAUUAAAUACAACUUGUUACCCAUUCAAUACUCCGAUGCAAUUCCAAUGUAUCAAGUUCUUCGCACUGUUGUUAGUUUUUUUUAGAUAUUUGAUUUUUCAUUAAUUUUUUUCAAAUUUUCAGAACAAGGUCUCAACAGUUUUAUUAGUUACACCUUGCCUGGCUCUUGCAAUAGUGUUACAUUUGAAUUUUCAAGCCGGUGUUCGUUCAAUGCCAACAUUUAUUGGAUAUUUUUUUACACCUUGGAUUACCCCAUUUUUGAUUUUAUAUGAAAUUGAUGUGUAUCGGUAUGGUGUUCACACAGCUUGUGAUUAAUUAUACAUAAAUUUAAAAUUUUAGGCGCGAGUUUGGAUUAUUCAUGCUUGAUCAUUUCCGUUUUAACAGUUUCAAGUGGCCAAGUUCUACAGUUCACACAACAACUUCAACAAUGACAUCAGCUUGA